AUGGUGUUAAGAAUGUUAAAGUCACUUGAAACAUGGUUUAUGAAAUAUUUAUCAAUCAAAAGAAUAAUUAUCUCAGUAAUUUCACUCACUAUUUUAUAUAAUGAGUUCAUAGUUUACUGGAUUCAUAGCUCAAGUUGGCCAACAUUUCCAAAAGUACAAAGGGAUAAAGAAUUAGUGGUAUUAUUAGUAGCUGAUCCACAGAUACAAGGUGAAGAUGAAGAUAUUGGUUUUCCUCUAGAUACAUUAGCUAGAUGGGAUGCUGAUAGGUAUUUAUAUAAAACAUUUGAGUUAGCCUAUAGUUAUUGUACUCCUGAUGUAGUCAUCUUCCUAGGAGAUCUAAUGGAUGGUGGUAGUCAAGCAGAUCAUGAUGAAUAUGAACGUUACUUUCAACGAUUUCAUAGUGAUCUAUAUACUGGUGAUAAUGUUAUAGGUGGUGAUAUAUUUAUCAUUGAGACAUGUCGACAUGUGUUUAUUAUUCUAGGUGAUCUAGAUACUGGUGAAAAUGAUAUAGGUGGUGAUCUAGAUACUGGUGAUAAUGUUAUAGGUGGUGAUAUAUUUAUCAUUGAUACAUGUCGACAUGUGUUUAUUAUUCUACAUGAUCUAGAUACUGGUGAUAAUGUUAUAGGUGGUGAUAUAUCUAUCAUUGAGACAUGUCGACAUGUGUUUAUUAUUCUAGGUGAUCUAGAUACUGGUGAUGAUAUAGGUGGUGAUAUAUCUAUCAUUGAGACAUGUCGACAUGUGUUUAUUAUUCUAGGUGAUCUAGAUACUGGUGAUGAUAUAGGUGGUGAUAUAUCUAUCAUUGAGACAUGUCGACAUGUGUUUAUUAUUCUAGGUGAUCUAGAUACUGGUGAUAAUAUAGGUGGUGAUAUAUCUAUCAUUGAGACAUGUCGACAUGUGUUUAUUAUUCUAGGUGAUCUAGAUACUGGUGAUGAUAUAGGUGGUGAUAUAUCUAUCAUUGAGACAUGUCGACAUGUGUUUAUUAUUCUAGGUGAUCUAGAUACUGGUGAUGAUAUAGGUGGUGAUAUAUCUAUCAUUGAGACAUGUCGACAUGUGUUUAUUAUUCUAGGUGAUCUGGAUACUGGUGAUAAUGUUAUAGGUGGUGAUAUAUUUAUCAUUGAGACAUGUCGACAUGUGUUUAUUAUUCUAGGUGAUCUAGAUACUGGUGAUAAUGUGGUCUAUAUUCCGGGUGACAAUGAUAUAGGUGGCGAAGGAAGAGAUUUUAGAACCAGAUUGAAAGAAGCGCGCUAUGAAAGUUAUUUUGAAAAUAUUGAUGGUGUUGUUAAAACUGACUUGGUGGAUUUUUUAAAGUUAGAUGUUCAAUUUCAUUUUAAUAUACCACCUGGUACUGAUGAAUUGUUGAAAGAUUUCCGUACUAAAAUGACUUCAUCAUUUCGAGUCAUAUUAACCCAUGAAACUAUGUUACCUAAAAUGAAGGAAUAUAUCUAUCCAAUUUUAAAAGAAAUUCAACCACAAUUGAUAAUAUCUGGACAUUGGCAUAGGGCAAUGCAUUAUUUAUGUGAUAGUUGUAUCAAUGAUAACAGUGAUAGUGGACAUUGGCCAGUACAUGUGAGGUAUUUAACACAUAUCACAGACUAUAUAUACCUAGAUCUAAGUAAUCCACAAGGCAUACAGGAGAUAAUGGUACCAACUUGUAGUUAUAGGAUGACUGAUGCUGAUAUAGGUUAUGGUGUAGCUAUCAUGAAUGAAGAUAAUAGCGUAAAAUAUACAGUAUUAUGGUUACCACUUCGUUAUACAUAUCUUAUGUUAUACAUUAUAAUAUUUAUAUCUCUUAUUACCUUUUAUAUAUUAACCAAAACAUGUCUUCCCACACUGAUACAAAUAUUAUAUACCUUAAUUAGACCUAGUUCUAAGCAGAUUUGAUAGCUCUGAAAAUUACAGAUCCAGAUCCAGUGGUAGAUCUUUGUGAAGAAACUUUAUAACAUUUUGAUAAAUUCAUAUUUUUCAUAAAACUUUUUGAAAGUACUCAAAAGCCAAGUCAAUAGUUGAAAUUUAAGCCUUACCAAGAUUAUGAUGCAGUUUUGUUUUAAUUUUUUUUUCAAAAUGUCAACAUUGAAGCAAAAAUGUAUGUAAAUCUUGUCAUUUUAUAGUUUUUUUGUAUUGUUUAUAUAUUUAUAUUGUAUUUUAUAAAAGGUCAACUAUGCUUUGUUUACAUUCCAUUUAUAUCAUUAUCAUUUUAAAUCACCACACAUAGCCAUUUUAAAUCAUUAAAUUAAAAGAAUGUG